AGAUGUUCAAUUUAAGUUCAACAAUUUGACUGAAACCCUCACAUCGUGUUGCAUCAAAUAACCACUUCACCGAUACUUCAUCUUUUUAGAGACCCCGCAGGUAUAACAACAGAACAAACAACCAUAAGUGCAACUAGUUUUCAAGGUACGAAGCGGUGAAUCAGUGCCGUCCGGCGAUGUUUAUGGUGGCAACGACUAUUAAUAUUACCGCCGGCGACUCCGGCUCAGAAUCUGGUGAAAUACCGAGAAGGCAGAACGAAAUAGAGCCACUUUCUUGCUUUUACCAGAGAAAAUUCAGAGAAGCAUACAAGUCCCUAUUCCUGCCUCUAUUGCAAAAGGGAGUUCUCUAGCUACCAGGCUCUAGGGGGCCAUCUUAAGACACAUAGUUCUGAGAUUAGGUCUAGGUGGAGGAGGCAACCACCCGGUCGUUCUGGCAUUAUUGUUGCUCUUCCUGGCACCAACACUAAUCUCCUUUCCAACAACCAGUCGAAAAAUUCUUCUGGAGGUGCUGGGGACAAUCAUUCCCGCUCAGACAAAGUCUUCUCAAUGCAUGCAACAUUUGUGCCAUCUGGUAGCACCGCAGCGACUGGUGUCCCUUUGGACCCUUCAACAUGUUUGGGCAUGCCUACAGUCUCCCAAGUUCAUACUGGGGGUGAUCGAACUCACCCGGAUGGUCUGACCUUCUUUUUUGGAGAUGCCUUGCAGAACUUUGAGCACAACCUUAGCAAGCCUUCAUCUUCUGCCUCCACUGUUGCUAAGUCGCGCUUAUAUUUUGAUUUAAAUCAGUCACCUGGUGUCAAUGAAACUAGUGCUGCCAGCUCCUUCUUUAUGGACCCUUAUCAAUGUUUGGGCCGGGAUGAAGGUUGUCAUAACAAGAUUGAAGAGGUUAAGAGGCAGCACUCACUUGAUUCCCUUGGAACUGCUGACCUGAUAAAAGCAUCAAAAAGGCCUAAGUUCGUCUCCAACUUGCCUGCGGAAAUAGAGAAGUUUCAGAACAAAGAACCGCGCCUGUUUAAGGAUGUGGAGAAGCCAUUUACUGGCCGGGGGAUUUCCAUUGAUGCUGAGCAGGAAGUUCCAGCAGAGUUAGAUCUGUCCCUCCAUCUGUAGCUUGUAACCUUUUAUUUUUAUAAUAAAUAAAUAAAAGCGCCAUGGAUAAUUAUGCUAAUAAUGAAUACUGUUUCUUCGGUCAUUAGAUUUAGAUUAAUCAGGUUGGUUAUAUUCAUUAGCAGCAUAAUUAUCCAUGGUGCUUUCCUUUUUAUACUGACAGGAAGGUCAUUGAUGGUGCUUCAGUGUGAAUGUCAUGUUCUCUAUCAUUUUUA